GGAAGCGGUUGGAGAAAUUACAAAAUUAUUUCCGCGCUUAAUCGCGGCGUUGAUUGUUAAAUCCCAAAACGACGCCGAGAAGGUGAGCGAAAUCGUUGCAGAGGAGCUUUGUUUUCUGAAAAAUAACGCACCAAUCAUUCAGAAUGACAACACUUUGGAUUUUAGGGCUCAUUGUUUUAUGGGUUGCAAAGUCAGAGAGCCGAAUCAGUGAAACGAUUACCCUCACGGAUGAUGUAUGCGGUGUCUCUUACAUAGACAUAAGUACCCAUCAUUAUCUGGUGUGGGAUGGAUCACACAUCGGCCAGGAUACUCUCGUGAACAUCGUGGACUAUUCUGUAAUAGAGAAAAAAGACUCCGGAAGCUGUAAAGUCGGUUUUGAGCCCCUUUACACUUCUUUUGAUAUAUGUGUUACAGUAAAGGAGUUCCAUAUUGAGGAUUGUAAUGCAACUGUUAAUUAUUACCAUUCAGGCGACUCAGAAAUAAAAGCGACAUACGGAUGCAACACAACUCCAGGCUCAUUCUGUUGGAAAGGGAAGGGUGUGGAGGUAGAAAUAGCCUACAAAGGGAAAUCUCCACCGGGGUCCUCAAACUACUUUAAACUGGAAAUAACUCUGUAUGACUGGCAUAUUUGGAACAUCCUGGGUCCAAUAGUCGGGGUCUUCACCAUCCUUAUCUUUGUGAUCGCCGUCUAUUGUAAAAAGAAGUCAAAGUGCGUGGUGUUCAGGAAGUCCGAAAUUCCUCAUUCCCGUCUCAUCAACGAACCAGCAGAACCUACUCAGCCCAGCCUUGGACAUAACUCCGCCUAUCCCAUGAACCAACCGACCACAAGAGAGUUCACGGUGACCGUUCCGGUCGCUGUAAAAUUGCGUUAACUAGGGGGUUCUAAAGACAGAAUGAAAAUCUCUUCUUUUAUGGUUUAUAAGACUGCAAAAGAGAGAAAGAAACAAAAGAAAAACAAAUUCCUCGUUAAGACUGUCUGGAUCAUUUUACUUGAAUUUCUAGUUAAGUAGAGUUUAUUUAAGAUUUAUUUUGGAGAGAAUAAUUGAUGUAUGCACUAAGGUUAUGAAAUUAAAAAAUGAUAUUAAAUCAUAUAUAUUGCAUAAAAAAAGGGGUGUAGUUAAUACAAAAUUCUACAGUUAUUGCCGAGAUCAAAAAGAUGCCGCAAACAUUAUUCUCCAAUAUACCACGAACGUCAUCAGUAAAUUAUCAGAUCAGAAAUACCUAUUUGUCUCGCACUGAUCAUGGAAGAACAACUUCAAACCGUAAAAAGUUUUAAAACCAUGUCAAUUUCACGUGUUUGUUUCAAUAAAAACGAUGUGUAUUGCUUCAAAUGUUUAUUUUUAAGAGAUCAAUGCGGCUGUUCCUUGGAC